AUCUUCCUAUUUUCUGUGAGGAAUACUUAUUUCUUAUAUGCUAAUAAAUAUUGUGUUUAUCGGCUAGCUCGGCUGAAGACGUUGCGUCGCGUGUUGCUGUCGUCAUACCUUUGACAUUGGCAUGGAGCAUGAGAGAAGGCUAACACCGUACUCGCUGUAGUUAUGGCUUUCCAUCAGCUAUCAAGAUCCCUUACCGGGAUCCUCGUAGACACAUCGUCCAUAAUUCAUCAGAGGACUUUUAGUGUGUCCGUUGUUGCAGCAGCCAUUCAGAAAAUGACAAGGGUCCGUGUAGUGGACAACAGCCCUCUUGGAAAUACACCAUAUCACCGUUCGCCAAGAGUGAUCCAUGUCUAUACCAAGAAUGGCGUAGGGAAAGUCGGUGAUAAAGUGCUGCUUGCCAUCAAAGGGCAGAAGAAGAAAGCGCUAAUCGUUGGACACAAAAUGCCUGGAGAGCGCAUGAGUCCACGCUUUGAUUCGAACAAUGUCGUUCUGAUUGAGGAUAAUGGGAACCCCACAGGUACAAGGAUUAAGGUUCCUAUACCCACACAUCUACGGAAACUGGAGGGAGACUACUCCAAAGUGUUAGCAAUUGCUAGUUCGUUUGUUUGAUAUUUGCAUCAUUCAUCUGUGAUUUUGGAAAUAUAUAUAUACUGUAUAUUUCACAUCUGUUGUUGGGAUGUAUGAAUAUUUUAUGCUUUUCUUUCUUCAGUAAACAUUAAAAGGUGCAUAUCCCCAGUCACAA